AUGCGGUCCCACCUCGACACCACCUUCGUGGACUUGACGAAAGCUUUCGAGACGGUGAGUCCCGAGGGUCUGUGGAAAAUCAUGCAGAAACUCGGCUGUUCUGAGCGAUUCAUGAACGUGGUACGUCACCUCCACGACGGGAUGAUGACGCGCAUCACGGACAACGGCGCAACCUCCGAGGCAUCCGCAGUGACCAAUGGAAUUAAGCAGGACUGCGUCCUCGCGCCUAUCCUCCUCACUCUCAUGUUCUCUAUCAUCCUGAUGGGCGCCUAUCGUGAUUAG